UGCUAAAGUUCUGAUAUAUCUAAAGUAUUGUAAACGUGACACGGUUUCCCAAUCGCCAGGCUAUUUAACUUUCAACACGACAAUUUGUGGUGAUGGUUGAAGAUUGAUUCCUCACCACCGGGUUAUCGAUACCUCUUCAUAAAACGACUAUCGCCCAUGCCCAGGUUUGCUGGGUCAGUGUCAACAAUCUAGACGGGGAUUAGCGUUGUGAAGCGAGUUACUGCCUGUCUGUCAGACAGGCAAAUCAACACAAGCCUCCUGUCCAAGUUUUAUCUUCUCUGCCGUAGUUAUGGCCUCGAGGUUCGGACCGUCCUCUUUACACCAGAGAGAUCCUCGCAGCGCUCUCUUCGAAGGAUACGAUGGUGGCGGGGCUGGCCGGGUAAAAAAUGAAAACGCUUCACGACGGAACGAUGGUGGUUACAUCGGCAGUGGAGGAGCAGGGACGCUGGGGGGUGAGAGGCAAUCGUAUAGGCCAGCAACACCCAAUUCAAGGGGACAGUACAGCGAUGCUACUCUGAACGAGUUGGAAAGCCAAAACGAUGGGCAGGUGGAGGGGAUUCUGGGAAAGGUGAAACAGUUAAAAGAUAUGACGAUUGCAAUUGGCGACGAGAUCCGCGAAUCCUCAGCGCUAGCCGAAAAGAUGAACGAUUCAUUUGACAAUACCAGAGUGAGAUUAAGGGGGACUAUGAAUAGAAUGCUUCUCAUGGCAGAGAAGACGGGUGUUGGCUGGAGGGUUUGGGUUGGCUUCUUCGCCGCUGUUAUGCUCCUCUUUAUGUACGUCUGGCUGUUCUAGAUUUCGGGAUUGGUACAUGGCGUUUGAAGGUGUAUAAAUACUCUAGUUGUGGGAUGAAGUCAAGCACAAUUCAAGCUCUGCAUGGCAUUUCAGCAUUUCAGCCAAGAGAGUUGAAAAUGCGUGGUGUUCCGAGACCAUCUUCUUAAUCAGAUAUCCCAUCAUACCACCGUGGGCGAUAUCAA